GUAGUUUGCCUUGAAGCUUGAGAGUCAUGACGGUCAUGACUCGAGAUUAUCUUUGACCAAAACUUGAAAGAGUCAGUAUCUGCUUUCCCGGCAUGGUAAAAAGAACCUUGUUUAUAUAGUUCUUGAUAGCUAUAUUUUUUAAUUUUCAAGACUAAAAGAAAUUGUUGGUCAAAGUUUAUAAUUUGAAAUAAAAGGGAAGGCGAAAUUCUCAGGAAGGUUGAAAAUGAGAUGGAUAUUUCAAACUUUUGUCUCGGCUGCGAUUUUUUGGCAAAUCUGGAGUCAAGAUAUUGUAUUUCCGACUGAUGAAGAAACGCCGCACGUAAGCGGAAAUAUUGGAAAUCCUGGUGUCGAAAGAUUAACGGAACGAAUUCCAGUAGAAAGUCCAGGACAGUGUCCAGAAAAUAUGCUGCUUUACCAUGGAAGUGGAAACACCAGCAACUGGAUAUGUGACUGCAAGGCAAAAUUUGUCUACUUUCCUGAAAAUAAUACUUGCUACGAGGCCUAUAAACGAGGACCUUGUUUGCCGGGUCAUAUUGUAAUUCUUCCACCUGGAGAAGUGAUUCCAAAGUGUACCGAAAAUCCAUGUCUUGAAGAGAACCAUGUACUUUUUAAGGGAAGUUGUGUUAAACUCAACGCCAUUGGAGGAAAAUGUGGACCGAAAGAAAUUCUUGCAGUCAACGAAACUACCUUUCAAGUCGAGUGCUCUUCAACAGACGUUGAUCCUUUUCUCAUUAUCAAUGCACCCCAGAAACCUUGUCCCGCAGGAAGCCGUCGAAAUUCUCUUGGAGUUUGCAAGUGUACACUUUAACAUUUUAGAACUUAAAUCGAACCAUACGUGAAUCAAUACCUUUUUUUUUAAUUAAAGGAAAAAGACUCAUACAUUAUGAUUAAAAUCUAGAUCGGAUUUUAAAAAAUAAGAUACUUUAAGGAAAGAUUAUAAAGGGCAGCGAUUGUUUUAAGAAUUUAAUUAUAAUAUUGUCCUUUAUUAAGUCGUUGAUUUAAGAAAAAUAUUUUUUAAAAUGAGAGGCUCUGCAUAAAUUAGGUGAAAUAUUUUUUCGGGGACUGUAAAAAAAGCGGCUAAACUCGGGGAGGGGCGGUGGUUUUUUGCAGUUUUCCUCUUCCUUGGUCAAACUUUCAGGCAAAUGCGAGUACUUCUAAUCCUGCCUAACAAGAAAAUAAUAAUAAUUAUUGUAUUGAGAAAAAUGUUACGAAGAUUUUUUAAACUUGGAAAUCAAAAAUACAUGAAUAUAACUUCAUCGCGGUUUAAAAUGUCGUUUUAUUAAAAGUUCGUCCUGUUGGCUUGAAAAUUCCGCAAUAUGAAAUGAAUUUUUUUUCUAUUUUGACUAAG